AUGAAACAGCUAGCAGGGGCAAGCGUAGGAGAGGAUGCUCUACGCACGUUGUGGAUGCAACGGUUGCCAACUAGAGUGCAAGAAGUACUAACAAUCAUAGACGACGCAGGCCUGGAACGUCUAACCAAAGUGGCGGACAAAACAAUGGAGCGUUCAACGGUAGAGAUGGCGGCCAUUACAGAGCGUACCCACGCUAAAAGGGAUGCAAUGGCGGACGCGCGGGACGCAGGACCCGCAUGGCAAGAUGGCGACCUGGCGGCCAUUACCAAGAGGCUGUUGCGUAUAGAAGCCCGACUCACCCGAAGGGACCGCAGUAGCAACCGACAUCGUUUCUACAGGCGAAAGAGAAGCAACAGCCGCGACAACAGUGCAGAGAGGAAUGGACUCUGUUAUUAUCACCACAAGUUCGCGGAGGAGUCAUGGAAAUGCAGGAAGCCGUGCAAUUGGGUAUGA